UAAUAUAGCUUUGUCUGCUUCAAUCUAUAACCCUUCAGUGGUAUCAGAGCCUCUACUGCUCUCACGAGUCUUGAUCAUGGCCACUCCUGAUGAAUCCCCCAACUCUGCUGCAUCCAAAACCUCCCCAAACUCUGCUGCAACUGUUCUCAAUCCUGGACUCACCAGAAAUCCAUUAUCUUUCAAUUCCGCUGCAUUCCCUGUAAAGCUAACGCCCACCAAUUAUAUGUCUUGGAGGGCUCAAUUUACUUGUUUGCUUGCAGGUUAUGAACUCGAUGGCUACCUUGAUGGCAGGAACCCCUGUCCAGUUGCAACCGCACCAGAGUACAGCUUAUGGGCUCGUCAAGAUCAACUCUUGCGACAUGCUCUUAUCACCUCCGUCUCGGAGAACAUCACCCCUUAUAUUGCGGCUGCUGCCACAGCACAACAGGCAUGGGAAACAUUAGCGAGGCUUUAUGCUAAUCGCUCUCGAAGUCGGGUGAUCACUUUAAAGGAACGUCUCCAAAACAUGAGACGUGAUGGCCGGUCUGUUGCAGAUUAUUUAAGAGAUCUCAAGACUGUUGCUGAUGAAUUGGGAACCAUUGAUCGUCCACUCAACGAUGAUGAUCUUACAGUUUAUAUUCUUAAUGGCCUUGGCUCUGAGUUUCGGGAGAUUGCAGCUUCUCUCCGAGCACGGGACUCCUCUCUUUCCUUUGAUGACUUGCAUGAUAGAUUGGUUGCUCAUGAAGAAAGUCUCAAACGAGAAGAAGCUCGUCCUGAGAUCACACCGGUGACAGCUCAUUAUGCUGCUGCUUCCUUUCACUCCAAUACUGAUCCCUCUUCUUCAUUGAGUGCAGGAAACUCUCAUUCUUCUCUUGGCCGCCACCCUCAUUCUUCCGUCAUGUGGUGUUUGACGAGUCUACCUUUCCUCACAAAUCUCAAUCUUAGUCAUUCGCCAUCGUCACUUGCCUCUCCUGCUGGUGCUCCCCAUGAAUUGGUGGCUCACGAGGUGCCUCUUCCUGCAGCUUCUCCUUCCUCAAUCCCAUCACCGAUUCCGGUACCAGCCCACCUACCCGCCCAGUCCAACUCCCCCAGCCCCACAUCCUCCGCUAAUUCCAUUCCUCAUCACACCUCCUUAUCCCCAGUCCAAGUCUCAAAACCGUCCACUUCCCCAACCCAAGCCCCAAGUAGUGUGGCUCGCCCAAAUCCUCCUACCCGGCUACACCGCAUGCGCACUCGCUCCUUGAAUAACAUUUUUAAACCCAAAAUCCUUUUCCAAGCUUUGUCCCAGUGUCCUACACCUCUCAGUGAACCCACUUGUGUGACACAAGCUCUGAAAGAUCCCAAUUGGAGACGGGCUAUGUCUGAAGAAUUUAGUGCUCUUGUGCGUCAAGGUACGUGGGAACUUGUUCCUCCAUCUCCUGAUCUUCAUUUAAUUGGUUGUAAAUGGGUGUUUCGUUUAAAACGAGCUCCAGAUGGUCGUAUUGAGCGUUAUAAGGCUCGCUUGGUUGCCAAAGGCUUUCAUCAACGUCCGGGAUCUGACUAUUUUAACACCUUUAGUCCUGUUAUUAAACCUACUACUAUUCGUACUGUUUUAUCUAUUGCACUCCAGUUUGCUGAUGAUACAGUUAUUAUGGGCAGAGCAGAUGCUGAGAAUAUACGUACGGUGAAGGACAUCCUUAAAUGGUUUGAGCUUAGGUCAGGCUUGAGGAUUAAUUUUAGCAAGAGCAGUAUUUUUGGUUAUAAUGUGCCGGAGAAAUGGCUAAAAGGAUCAGUGGGUAUGCUACAUUGUAGGGUUGGUCGUGCACCUUUCCUUUAUCUGGGAUUGCCCAUUGACGAGUUAAAUAAGAAGAUUGCUUGGGUUAAAUGGGAAUAUGUAUGUCGUGCUAAGGCGAAGGGGGGUCUUGGGGUGCCAGAUUUACAGAGAAAAAAUUGGGCAAUGCUAGGUAAGUGGUGGUAUAGAUUAGGUGACGGGGUCGAGAGCUUAUGGAAAAGGGUGGUGAGGGAGAAAUAUUAUGGGGGAAGGAGGGAGGUCGAUAUUUCUAUGAUUGAUUGCUUAAAGGUGUCAAAGAUUUGGAGGGACAUUAUUAGGAUAGGGGGGCUAUCUCUCAAACUUAGGAAUAUGUUGGUUAAGGGGUUUAAGUGGGAGGCAGGUGAAGGAAAUAGGGUGGGUUUUUGGUCUGAUAGGUGGAUUGGUGAUAAAAGUCUUAGGGAUUUAUUUCCAAGAUUAUUUGCUCUAUCUAUGAAGAAGGAAGGGAAGGUUUCUGAAAUGGGGUAUUGGGAAGAGGGGAGAUGGCAUUGGCGGGUGGAGUGGAGGAGGGGUACAAUAGGGAGAGAGAAAGAUGAGGAGGGGCUAUUGGAGAACGUGCUGGAGGGGGUUAAGCUAAAGGAGGGGGCAGGGGAUGUUUGGAAGUGGACUCAUGCGAUGGAUGGCAAAUAUGGGGUGAAGCUAGCGUAUGAUUUUUUAGCUUCUUCGGAGAGUAUUUUGGAGGACCAGAUGUGCAAAUUAUUAGGGUGCAGAUUGGUGCCAUCCAAAGUGGCUUUUUUUGGGUUGGCGUCUGUGCUUAGAUAGACUCCCAACAAAAGAAAACUUGCAAAAACGCGGGAUAUUGUUACAGGAGGGGGUAUUUUGCGAAUUCUGUAAUGAGAAGGUGGAGGAAGUUAACCAUUUAUUUUGUUUAUGUUAUAAAGCAUGGUUAGCUUG